UAAACAGGUAGGUACCUAUUCAGCAGGUGUACUCAUGAAUACUUCCUCUACUCACCUCUAGGAGGUAGGUACCUAGCCGUACGGAAUACUCCCACCUUAUGAUAACCGUCUGCCCUCCUCAAUUCCCCCACUUUUCACGAACCCCACCAUCCACGCCCUCUCCUAUAGGUAGGUACGUAUCGCAAGUUAGGUAGCCUUCACGGCUUUCUCCCCCUCCUUCUUUACCCCCCACCCCACCACAUACUCAUACCACAACACCAUCCAUUCUUCCAACCUAUCCCCUCUUAGCCUUACGCCUAUCGAACCCACACUGCCGACCGCCAUCACCAGCCACCGUUUCACGGCCAAGUCCUACCUCCGCCUACCCUACCCACCCCGACAGCGGCUCGUCCGAAACUCUCCUUUCAGCCUCCGUGAGCGACGACGCCAAAUCUAGCUCUCUGCCGAAUUCCCUUUGUCGGCCUUCCGCCCCCCUCCCGCCCUCACGUAACCCUCUUCCGCCUUUGCUUCCUCGCCGGCUUGCCUAGCCUUAGACGUAUAGGUAUACAUAUACCGGCUAAGCCCAAUCCCAGCUCACCAUGGCGGCUGUCGACCCCUUCGACUCAGCCCUCGACCUCCUCCGGCGCCUCAACCCGAAGCACACGACGGCGCACCUCGGUGCACUCAUCCGCCUCGCCCCCGACCUUACCGAGGACCUGCUCUCCUCCGUCGACCAGCCCCUCGCCAUCCGCCGCUGCCGCCAGACCGGCCGCGACUACCUCCUCUGCGACUACAACCGCGACGGCGACAGCUACCGCUCCCCCUGGAGCAACGAGUUCGACCCCCCGCUCGACCCCGGAGCCGGAGCCGCCGCCCCCUCCCUCCCCAGCGAGAAGGUCCGCCGGAUGGAGGUCCGCGCCAACGAGGCCUUCGACGUCUACCGCGACCUCUACUACGAGGGCGGCGUCAGCAGCGUCUACUUCUGGAACCUCGACGACGGCUUCGCCGGCGUCGUUCUGUUGAAGAAGGUGGCCACCCCGGGCGCCGCCAGCGAGGGCACCUGGGACUCGAUCCACGUCUUCGAGGCCAUCGACCGGGCCCGCUUCACGCAGUACAAUCUCACCUCGACCGUGCUCCUGUCCCUGUCCACGAACUCGGCCAGCCUCGGCGAGAUGGACCUGUCGGGCAACAUGACGCGCCAGAUCGAGAUCGAGCUGCCGGCCGAGACGGAGGAGCAGCAGAUCGCCAACAUCGGCAAGCUCGUCGAGGACAUGGAGCUCAAGAUGCGCAACCUGCUGCAGGAGGUCUACUUCGGCAAGGCCAAGGACGUCGUCGGCGACCUGAGGAGCGUCGGGAGCCUGAGCGAGGGCGCCAGGGACCGGGAGGCCCAGAAGGAGAUCAUCGGCAGCAUGCUGCGGUGACGGGGAACGUUGACCCGCGCACCAGUGGCGCUCUCGAAGCACGGGGGAGAGACAGUUCGGUGGACGGAGGACGAGAACAUACCUACAGAGUAUCACGGCGAUAGACAGGAGUUACACGGCAACAU